UGUUACGGUUACGGCGCACAUCCCUAUUCAGUCUCUUUCGUUUGCUGACUGUUAGCGCCAUGUAGCAGGGUGGAUGUUUAUGAAAGUUCGUAGUGCUACAGUGGUUACAACGGUGGCUGCUGUCAUUUUAGGUUGUUUAGCAGGGUGUUGUGGUUUGUUUAUGUAAAUAGUGUUAGCGUACGUUUUUCAGUUAUUUGUUACAACAGAAUGCAUGGACAUUGAUUGGUUAGUUAAUAUUGUAUUGAAAAGUGGUUCUGUAAUGCUUAGUGGAUGAUAACUUACUAAACAAUUGACAAUUGAAUGUUAAGAAUCGAACUGUAAGAUUCAAGUACUACGCGGCAAACUUUGAAUGACACCAGUUUCGAUCUUUCCUUGAAAUAUCAAAGUAAUAAUAGUUGACUGUUUGGACAGAUUCCUUGCAUGUGAGUGUGGGUGAGAGUGUUCGACAGAGUCUUUUAGGACCUGUUGCAGAAGGAAAGUGUUACGUAACAAUAUAAAGUCAUCAGAGAAAGAUUCUGCAGAGAUUUCUACUAAGAAGAAUUACAUCUUCGUCAGCAGUUGGAAAUUUCAAUGUGACCAACUUUAUCUGUCGCAGCGCUUCUUAGGACAGAUAAUUCACUUUAAAUUCCAUCAGCACUGAGUUUGGCGGCGCACUGUAUGCUGCGCAGUCGUUCAGCCGGUCUUAUCCUGCAGGUACUGCUGUCGGGGGGUACGUACAGACAUACAUUCGGGGUAACAAUGAUUGGGGCAAUGCCAGCUGUGGCGGUACGCCACGAGCGACGAAAACAGGAAAAGCGAAGCAAACGACCGAGUCAACUGUAUUUGGGAGGAUAUGGGCUGAAGCACCCUUCGCCCCCCAGCAGAGGGUCGUCUCCAACCCCUAGUCCUCUGCAGAGCCCGCCAACCCAGAACGAUGACACACCCCAAGAAUUCUACAUUUGUGGCAAGGUGUCAAUCCUGCACCUGGUUGUGGUUUCGCUUCUCCUUGGUGCCAUUCUGCUGAUUGUUGGGUUGGUCCAGCUGACACCCAGUGCCGAUGCAAACCAGCAUCGUUACCGCGAUCGUUACUACCUCAUGGCCAUUGGCGGAUUCCUCAUGAUUCUGGGCUUAGUACUUACUGCCCUCAGGUGUUGGGUGCUACCAUGGUACAUGAGACGCCGCCAACAACUUCAGAUUCUUCAGCGUAUGAGCAAGGAUGAGUCCCAGGCCUCUGCAUUGGGAGAUUCAGGACCAGCAGCCCAGUCCAGUACAGAAAAUGAGAAAAAUGCGCAAGUUGAAAUGCAAAACGGAACAAAACCAGUUACAACAGAUGACAUCACAGCUGAAUUUGAUGGAUUAGUUAAUGCUGAGAUGGGCCUUAUAGAUAGAAGCAUUAAUAGUGUAGCAGACCAACUGCCUCCACGUGCUAGCAUAAGUAGUAGUGGAGAUGCGCAUAUCGUCAUGUCAUCGCCUUCAGAACAUGAUGCCCUGGUAAAUAUGAGUAGCAAUUCUAACGAAGCACAAGCCGAAAAAAUCACUACUUAAAAUCAUUUAAAGAGUAUGGUGUGUAUAUUUAUAUUUACACUCUGUUUGCGCAGAUGUUGUGAGAGCUAAUCAAUAAAUAAUCACAAUAUAAUUUUUUUUAACAUUGCAUUGUGACUUACAAGCUGAAUUCAUUGUGAAAUAACAUUGCAAAAUGUUUAAAUUGUUAUGCAUUCAUUGGUUAAGCUCUUAUAUUGAAAAAAUUACCACAGAAGAAAGUAUAUUUUAAAGAUGUCUUACCGAAGGCCAGUGUAAGUGAAUGGAAACAAGGAAAGUACAAAUGUAGGCCUAUAAGAUUAGUGGAAUUUAUGGGAAUUUUUAAGUGAUUUCUAUAUACUGCCUUUUUAAAUAUAUUCUCCUUUGAAUGCACCAACAAACUGAUUCUACACACUCAUAAGAGAUAACUUGAAGGAAAUACAACUUUUAAUACAAUUGAUCUUUGAUUUGUAUGACUUGUCAAAAUGUGUUAGAUCUAUAUCUGUUUUAUAAAAACACAGUAAAUAUUAUACUAUUAAAAUUAUUUAUACAAUCAAAGUAUCUUCUGCUCCGAGUUCAGAAGUUCUUUAGACAUAUUUCUCAGUCACACUGGGUAAUAUCUGGUAACACAUAAAAGUAUUCUUAAUUGUUACAAAGAAUGUUUACAGUUAACUGGACUUUUCAUAAAGUAUAAAAUCUGAAAAAUCUUCUGUGGUGUUUCCUGUAACCACCAAAGAAAGUCAAUAAUGACAUGCAGGAAAAAUAAAUAGCCUCUCCCUCUCUCCGGUUUAAAUUGUGUAAAUAUAACUUACAAGACUUUAACAAUGUUCAGCCAAGCUUUUGUAUAUUAAUAUAAACACUUAUGGUUUUACAUUCCACUGAAAGGACCAAUUAAUUAUAUUUGUCAGUUGCUGUAUCAUGGAGAGUGACUUUCUCUCAUUAUAGCCAUAAAGCAUAUGUUUUAAACAUGAAUGGCACUGGAAAAUCAUGAAAUGUCAAAAUUUGAAUUAAGAAGUGAUGAAUUGAAAUGCAAGUCUGAAUGUUUAUUUUAUGAGAAAAUUAUUUUGUAUGAGAAUGCUAUUUAUUUUCAUUUAGGUAGAAAACGAUCAAUAAUGUUGUUUAAUUUUGCUUGGCUGUUUCAGUUUAAUAUGGUCCACUGUCACUGUGAUGUAUGUGUCAGUAAAUAGUCAAAUCAAAUAUAUUCUCUGGAGGCGUGUACAGAACAACAAAAUACAUUUAAUCCUUUUUAUAUCAGGCAAAGAUUGCAUGUUUUAAAAAUUAUAACUAUAAUAUAUUAUGAUAUUGCCAAACUGUUAUUACCGUACUUCAUAGAUUAAUGUAAAAGUGUGUGAAAUGUUAUUGGAUUUUGCAAUUAAUGGUCAAGUGUGCUUAUAAUUCAGAAAAUACUUCAUAAAGUGUCAAUGACAUACCAUCUUUAUAUUUAUUUGCAAUAUUAAACUAUAAUUUAAAAUAUUCUGCAUAUGUAAUUGUUAAUGCUCUGUCUUACAUGGUAUUCUCCGUGAGAACACUACUGUUGCAACAAAGUUUUGUUUGAAAUGCACAAAAUGUUGUAAUUAGAUGGCAACACUGGAUUAUAUGAAUGAGUUUGAUUUUUGAUGUAGCAUGUUAUUGAAAGUGUGAAUGGGAGUCCUACUUUUCUAGCAUAUGUUUAUCUUUUAUUAUCAUUAAUCUUAGGAGUUUUUAACAAUUUCCCUGGGAAAUAUAGAUAAUAUAUUUUCUAAAAGAAUUCUGUUUACCAUUUACUCUUCUUUGUAUGUGUUCAUGAUUUUCGUAUGACUUACACUUCAUUUUUAUAUAGGUGUCAGUAGAUGCUUUUGUCUUCCAAUCAUUUUUCUGUGCUGUUUGUUGUAUAUUACACAUGUGAUGUCUCACAAUAUCCUUCUUCCUACAUUCCAUAUUCUCUCCUUCAUAAAAAUUUUCCCAGAAGAGAAAAGUAUUUGGUUUAUCUAACCACAUAACAUUUUCAGUUUUGAAUUUACAUCAUGUAGUACUGUUGCCCCUUUCACUUCCAGUGCUCUCAUUUAAUAUAAAGUAAUAAAGUUCAGAAUAAUAAAAUCCUCAUUUCACCAUACUGCAACGAUAUCAAGAAAACUGUUACUUUAUAAUAUGUCAUGUUUUUCUCUUUCCCCUCUAACAUUAAAGUCUAAGUAAGUUUGAAACACAGUUAAAUUUGACCAAAUCAUUGUUGACUCACAUUAAUGACCAUGGAUGCCAUUGUUGCUGUCCUUCUUAUUCAUUUUGAAUGGGGAUGAUAUAAGUCCACAUUUAUUUUGAGAUGUGGUUAUCAUUAAAGCUACCUGCUGACAUCACUGCCCAUAAUGUGGCAUGAAGAACACUUUUGGAACUUUAUUGUACUCUGAAGAGUACACCUUUCCAAUCUUGUUUUCACUACUUACAGCCUGCUAAUUGUAAAUAAUUUUCUUCUACGAGAUAAUUAAAAUUGUAUUUUAUUUUAAAAAUACUAGAAAUGUCUUUGACAAAAUCAUGUGAAUGAUUCAGUUUUCAUACAAUUGGAUCAAGGAAUUACUCCAAAGGGUGGAGUGUGGCAACAUUGUGAAACUUAUUUUAUAUGCUCAGGUGUCAAUAAUGAGUAAUUUACUAAAAUCUUACACUUGACUGGGUAAGAAUAUGGCUGACCAAAUUGGUUGUCCAUUUUCUUCUAACCAGUACAUUGUACGCACAAGUUUAUGUGUUGAAAGUACUGUAUUUCAGCUAGUUACAGUAUAUUCCUGAACAUAUAAUAUUUCCAUUUGAACAUAAAUGAACACUGUAUUUUAUGGUUUCUUGUUUAUAUUGUACAUAUAAUUGCUAAUGCUAUGCAGUGAUUGUUGACUUGGCAUAUUUAUGAGUAAAACGGGUUUCCAGCAUAUACUAAUUAUUUUAUCACUUAUCCCAUGUAAGCCUAAUAACAUCAGUAUAUAAAAAUAUAUAUUAUAGGCUAUAUUUUGAUAUAUUGUGAACAAUAUGACCCACAUAUUCUAUGUAUUAUUAUACAUCAAUAAUUGUGUGAUUAAUUUGUAACAUAAAAUAUGCUUAUGAUUUCAUCAAUGUAGGUACCUAAAUAUUUUGGAGCUCUUUAUAAGACAAGUAAAUAUUAAUGUAGCAGUUCAUUUUUUCAUAUUUUCUAUGUUUGAAAUAUGAAAAAUAUUUAUCAAAUUGAACUGUAUGUUACGGUUCACCCUCAAAGUACUGGGCACAUAAUUACUUAAAAUAGGUUUCAUUCUUCUCUGUUCAGACAUAGUCAUUUAAAGAAUGGUAUGAUAAUAUGAGAAAUCAUUUCAAUUGUAAGAGGCUUGGUUAUAUCACUGAUGUACAAAAAUAGUUAACUGUAUUUUGCAUAUUUCAGAAUUGAGUUUUCCUUUUGUCUAUGUAUUUCUAUCAUAGCAACAGAAAUAAAAUUGAUACCAAUUGAAUUAGUUUCAAAUAUAAAAAAUGUACUAAAAUAAAAAUACAUUUUAAGUCAUGUAGCUGUUUUUUGUCUUCAAAUAUAAGCCAAAGGUACUUCAUAAUUUUAAAGCAGAGGAAGACCCAUUAAUCAUAAAAUUAUUUGUAUAUGUUCUAGGCACAUGUAUUGUUUUUAAUAUAAAUUUGAUUUUCAAACAAAUUGUAUCCAAAAUUGCUUGUCAGAUUUUGUUUAUAAAUGUGCUGUCUCCAUUUUGUGUCUUUAUAUUCUCAGAAGAUUUAAAUAGUAUGUAUUUUUUAUUUCUGCAGAACUGACAAAUUCUUACCUCACUCAUAAGUUAUCAAUUUUGAAAUAUGUACACAGUAAAUCACUUCAUAGUGAACAAAAACAGAACACUCAGAUUUAUUUUUGUUAAUUUUAUUGUAUGAGAACCUACUGUUAUAAAACUGUUACUCAGCAUGAAUACUUGUAAAAGAUAUUUUAAUAAUGCAUUUGCUGAUGAUAUGAAAAUUAAAUAAUAAUACAUGUACAAAUGCAACAAUCUAUUCCUAUACUGUCACUUUUGCCUCCUCUUUGUUGUCAAAAUCAAGUACUGCAAAUGUAUAAUUUGUGUGUACCAAGUACUAAUGUUAUAUAUUAAAACCAUCUUUGGAAUCACU